AUGUCCGACCAAAAUAGAAAACAUCCUUCGUCACAAGAAUCACCUGUUGAAUUAUCAGCGAAAAAUUUACAACCUAAAAAAACUCCUAAUAACAAAAAGAAGAAAGCCUUACAAGUACAAACAUCAAAACCUAAAAAUUUUGUGAAAAUAAAAUCAACAAAAAUACCAAUACAUUUUACUUGGGCAUUAGUACUUACUAUAUUAUGUUUUUUUGUUAUUGGACCAUGUUGGGCACUUUAUAAAACAUAUGAAUUACGUCGAUUAAUUGCAGAAAAAGAUUUGGAAAAAGCAGCUCGUUUAUCAAAUAAAAUUUCUACUGCACUUGUUAUUUCUACAAUCAUUGGUGUUGUUGCAUGGGUAUCAAUUCUAUUCUGCUCAGUAGGACUUUUAUUGACUGGAGUGUUAUUAAAAAAUAAAUGGAUAUAA